CGCUGGGUUGUUUAAUAAUACAUCUUUUUGUACAGCAGAAUCGACGUUCACCAGCAGAGAGAAAAUUAAAAAAGGUUAAUCCACUAGGCUAUGGACAGCUUUGUUAGGGAUAUACUUGAGAAAUGGCAGCUUCCAGACCUUCUUGAUAGUUUCCUAGAAAAUGCUAUAGAUGAGGACAGUUUUAAACUUCUUGAUGAGGGAACCAUUCACAACCUAAUCCCCAAAAUCGGCCUCAGGCUUAAGUUUCUAAAACAUUACAGAGAACUUAUGGGAAAUGCUGUGCCCCCUACUGCCCCACUUACAAGCCCAGAUGUGCCACCUGCUACACUUCCUUUGGAAGAAACGACCAUGGUCGUGGAUCAGACGAUGCCACUUGUACUGCACAUCAUUCCAGUAUUUGAAAUAUGGUAUGCCCAGGGCCAGAACCACCGUCCAGCCACUGGGUUCCUUGAGGAGAGACUGAGAAACAUCAGAAAAAGACUCAGAAGCAUGAGCAGACCACAGCGUGAAGCCAUGCAUGAGCCCAACAGGACCUUCAUACCAGAAUCAGCUAUAUCUGACACCAGAGCAGAACAAUUAAAAGAGUGGCUGAGAAACAACACACAGCCCAUCAGCCAGGUGGAGCAAAUUAUGCUCGACACAGCACCACACAGGGCAACAUGGAUCAGGGCAAAUGGCUCCAAAACCAUUGUCGAGGUCCUCCAUGAAUUCCCCAGACUGACCGCUCCAGGCAUGAUCGCGCAAGACUUUUUUUUCUGCACAGAGACGCUGCACCAAAGUUGUUCGAGACGUGGCUGCCGGUGUAUGCAGAGAAGAUCCUGCACCCGGCUAAAUUCGAACAGAAACUGCCAUUUCCUGUGGAGGAGAUGACACUGGAUGCCAAGGGGGAUAUUGCCCUGAGGCUGCUGCCCAGCUUGCUCCCGCCGCCAGUUUUCAAAGUGGGCCGAAAAGUGUUCCGGCCCAGUGUCGAUGAGGCCAGACAAGCCUUCAUUGACCUUCGGCCUGUUGGAACAAACAUGGUGGAGUACCUCCAACAGGCAGAGGUGUCAAGGCCUUAAGGUGCCAGUAUGGUACUCCGACUCUGUUACGGAUGAGCGGACCGCCGGAUAGGACGGAUUAAUUAGCAUUUCUAUUGCCUUUAUGGUUCUCCGAAGGCUGGGGGUGCUGAAAACAAUUCAUUGCCAGAACAGUGUACUUGUGGAAACUGUGCACACAUGCCCCUGGAUAAAGAAAAUAUAUGUUGUCGGAAAAUACCUCAGGUCAUGAGAAGAAUGGAC